AUGACGGCGAAAACUAGCGAUGAGCGGCGGCCGCUGCUCCCCGACGCCUCGGAGCGCCGCGCCCCGUACACGGCCGGCAACGACACCGAAGAUGCCCUCAUCCCACACAAGGACGCCUCCUUACCCUCCCGCUCCGUCGACGACGACGUCCUCCCCGAGACCUCCACCCUCGGCCGGACGCUCGGCCGCCGCAGCGCCUACAUCCUCGUCAUGUCGCGCAUCAUCGGCAGCGGCAUCUUCGCCACCCCCGGCGCCGUCCUCGCCGGCGUCGGCAGCCCCGGCCUCGCCUUGCUGCUCUGGUUCGUCGGCGCCGCGCUCUCCGCCGCGGGACUGGCCGUCGCGCUCGAAUACGGGUGCGCGCUGCCGCGGUCCGGCGGGCACAAGGUCUACCUCGAGUACACGUUUCGCCGGCCGCGCUUCCUGGCGUCGACGCUGGUGGCGGCCAACGCGGUGCUGCUGGGGUUCACGGCGAGCAACUGCGUCGUCUUUAGCGAGUACGUGCUGUACGCGGCGGGCCGUCGCGGGGAGCGCGAGGAGGUGCUGAGGAAGGGCGUGGCGGUGGGCAUGCUGACGCUGGUGACGGCGAUUCACCUGCUGACGCCGAGGUUUGGGGUCCGGCUGCAGGACGGCCUGGGAUGGGUCAAGAUGGGCAUCGUCGUCUUCAUGAUCCUCUGCGGGCUGUACGUGGUCGCGUUCCGGCCGGACACGGCGGCGGGGGGCCUCCCGGUGAGCGGCGAGUCGUGGGAGCGGCUCUGGCGGGACAGCAACUGGAACUGGGGAAUCCUGUGCACGGCACUCUUCAAGGUCCUCUACUCGUACUCGGGCCUCGACAACGUCACCAACGUCCUCAACGAGGUCAAGGACCCGGUCCGUACGCUGCGCGUCGUGUCCCGGGCCGCCCUGCUCACCGCCUGCGUCAUGUACCUCCUCAUCAACGUCGCCUACCUAGUCGUCGUCCCCGUCGACGAGAUCAAGGGCAGCGGCGAGCUGAUCGCCGCGCUCUUCUUCCAGCGCAUCUUCGGCGCUCGCCUCGGCGGCCAGGUCCUGCCUCUCCUCGUCGCGCUGUCCGCCUUUGGCAACGUCUUGGUGGUGGUGUUUGCCCUGUCACGAUUAAAGCACGAGAUUGCGAGACAGGGAUUCCUCCCCUUUUCCGACUUUCUCUCCUCGACCAAGCCUUUCAACUCUCCCUUUGGCGGACUCCUCGUAAACUACAUCCCGUCCGUCCUCAUCAUCGUCCUGCCGCCCUCGGGCAAGAUCUACUCCUUCAUCCUCGAGGUCGAAGGCUACGGGGGGCAAAUCACCGGCCUGGGCAUCGCCAUCGGGUUGUUGUGGCUACGGCACAAGCAGCCGGAUCUGAGACGUCCUUACAAGGCGUCGAGCCUCGCAGUGGGCGCCAAGCUUGUGCUGAGCGUCGCAUUGCUUGUUGCGCCUUUCGUGCCGCCAAAGGAUAGAUACCCUGGCGGCCUGUUCUACGCCACAUAUGCCAUCGCUGGGAUUUCGACAUUCGUCAUCAGCGUGGUGUAUUGGUACGUCUGGACUGUUCUCCUUCCAAAGUGGCGGGGAUACAGUCUGGAGGAGGAAGAGGCUACGCUUGCGGAUGGAACGACGAUAACAAAGCUGGUUCACAAGCCUCUGCAGUGA